AUGAGCAUGAAGCCUAGGAAACUCGUAUUCGAGGAAGUGUGGACCAACCUCAGGAAAACCGUUAAUUCACUCAUGACUGGCAAAGUGGAUCGAGAAGCCUGGCACAACAGUUAUGGGGACGUCUAUCACCUUUGCGUGGCGACCCCUGAAUCUCAGGCUGAGAAGCUCUACGAGGCUACGAAGCAAUAUUUGAAUGAGCACGUUCAUAAUCUGCACGCGGAGGUGGUCCGACGAGCUGAACAGGUCGGGUUCUUGGCCGCUUAUCAUGAGCAGUGGAUAGAAUACUCACAAGGAUUGAGGAAUUUGAACACCCUUUACAUCUACCUCAACAUCGAACACGUGAGGAAGAAGCAAGCGGAGGAGGCGGGUGCCUACUUCGAUACACUGCAGGAAACCGAGAAGCGUCUCGAGAUCGGCGCCCUCGGACUGGAAAUCUGGAUGAACACUAUGAUAAUACCCCAGAAGGACAUACUACUGCCCUUGAUCUUGAAGGUCGUCCAUGACGACCGGAGCGGCAGUCAAGAUGACAGUGACGCGCGAUAUGUCAAGGAUAUCGUGGGAUCUUUCGUGUCGAUGGAAUGCCACGAAACGGGAUCUAAGGAAUUGCGCUUUUACAAGAAAUUCGAAGCUCGAUAUCUUGAAGAAACUAGUAAAUACUACUCGAAUAUAUCUUCAACUCUGAUCGAAAACACCUCUUGCUCUGAAUUCAUGGUGCAGGUCUUGAGAUAUGUCGACCAGGAAGACCAGCGCUCGAGAAAGUUUUUGGACCAAUCGUCUUUCAAAGCUGUCAUCAAAGAGUGCGAGAAAGUCAUGGUCGGCGAUCACCUCAAAAUCAUAUACCAAGAGGCGAGGACCAUGGUCGCUGAACUCAGAAGCGAAGAUCUCCGCAACAUGUACAAACUAUUGAAACCCUUGGAUCAAUCCGCGAUGCUCCCUGUCAUAAAAGAUCUCCAGACGCGCAUCGAACAGAUCGGCUCCGACCUGCUACAGCACAUCGACAAUGACAAUGUUGCUCAAAGCUUCGUAGAAGCAGUUCUCAGAGUCUACGACGAUUUUCAUCGUCUCGUAUCGGAUGUUUUCAAAAAUGACCAGCAGUUCGUUACGGCGUUGGAUCGCGCAUGCAUCUCAGUCAUCAAUUCGAAGCACUCAAAGCUUUCCUACAAAGCUCCCGAACUACUGGCUAGGUAUUGCGACCAGAUUCUGAAGAAGGGCCCACGAUAUCCCCAGGAGCCAGAGUUCGAAAGCAAGUUGCUGAGAACGAUCAUAGUUUUCAAGUACCUUGAUGAUAAAGAUCUUUUCCAAAGAAGCUAUUCGAAGCUACUCGCGAAGAGAUUGAUCCACGGCCUAUAUGCUUCACUCGCAAAUGAAGAGUCCAUGCUCCUAAUGCUCAAACAGGCAUGUGGGCAUGAGUACACUUCGAAAAUGCAUCGAAUGUACACCGAUAUGUCUGUGAGCGAUGAGCACAAUGUCAAGUUCGCCGAGUACCUCCGGGAAGCUCCGCACAUGAACCUGGAUCUGGGGCUCAAUUUUUACGCAUUGGUUCUACAAGCUGGAGCUUGGCCAAUGCAGAAUGUAGCGGUUUCUCCUUUCAUAGCUCCGCCUCAAUUGGCGAGAUGCAUGCUUGCCUUCGAGUCAUUUUACAAGGAAAAAUUCAACGGCCGAAAACUCACGUGGUUGCAUCACUUGUCGAACGCUGAUAUUCGACUCAACUAUCCCAAGGGGCGAUCGUAUGUGAUGUCUACAUCGACGUUCACCUUGGGUGUUGUCCUCUUGUUCCAAACCGAAGACCGUUUGACCUACGAUAUGUUGAGGAGAGGGACGAAUCUACAAGACGACUAUCUCGUCAAAUCUUUGCAAGCUCUAGUCGAGACGAAGGUUCUGCUGGAGGUUUGUGAUACGGAACAGGGCGACUCUUCGAAUAGAGCCUCUAAGACGCCGUAUGGACCAGAUACAGUUUUCGUUUUGAACUUCGAUUUCGCGCAUAAACGUACCAAGUUCAGGGUGAUAUCCGCACCCGUGAAGGAACAGGUAACGGCUCAAGAACAAGAGCAAACAGUGGCGUCCCUCGAAGAGGACCGAAAGGCCUAUCUGCAAGCCCUCAUCGUCCGACUUAUGAAAACGCGGAAAGUCCUAAAACACAACGAGCUAGUCGAGCUCGUCAUAUUCCAAGCUUCAGAAAGAUUCCGGCCAAACGUGACGAUGAUAAAAAAGUGUGUGGAAAGUCUCAUCGAGAAGCAGUACCUCGAAAGAAUGCCAAAUUCUGCCGACGAGUACAGUUAUGUUGCGUAAGGACUUCUCUAAAUGUUGUAAUGCCAUGACAGACGAGUGAUUUUUGUGGAAUUCUGGUCCCUUGUAGAGGCCUGUUUGGACCAUGAUGGCGUUGAUAGCAGAAAUCCCAAGAGACGCAGUCCGCUUCCCUAAUGAAUGGAUGUGUUCAGCCGAUAGCAAUUGAAUAUUUGAACACCUUCCCCCGGUGCCAUGAGCCCAGACUUGGAAGAAUUCUUGACACCCUGCGUGAUGCCACCAGCUUUCGCAUGAGGACGCAAUUUGGUUGCUCCGGGGAAGGACCAGUCUCGUGGUUCCGCGCUUCAAGCUUUUAUUUUCGGAUUCCGGAGUUCAUUUUAAGUGUAAACAUAGAUCAGGGAAUGCCGGUCUCGAAUAAUGGCCCCACAUCUCAAGCACCUUGAAGGUGAGGAGACGCGCGGUCCCAGUCGCAAAAAUACAAAGUGCGGCACAACGAAUGCCCUUCAUAGAACGCCUGUGAAAUUCGUUCCAAAUGAGACA